AUGACGAAUGAGGGCGUGGGCAGCACCCAGCUUUCAUCCUUCACAAACCCCGAGGUGGGAUACCGGUGCCCACGGUUGGAGCACUCCCGCAACGUCAGUCUCCGCAGUUGCGCCCCCUUUCUUUCCCACAAAGCGGCGGCGGCAGCGGAAGCAGCAGCGGAAGCCCGGGAGGGCUGUCCCCAAGCGGCUUGGGAGGUGCGGCGGGGUUCUACAGCAGGGGCGGCGAGAGGGGUACCGGGACCCACCAGCGGCUCGCGCGCACGCUUCCGUCGCCGUUUUCUGGAGGUUGUUCGAGGGGUGUCGAUGGCCUAGAUAUCGGACCGUCGUCAACUCAGCAGCAACAGCAGCAGUUUUCUGUCGCCGCCCUUCCCAACGCCGCUUGGCCUCCUUCUCUGCUUCCGGGAUACGGCACGAUGUCGAUGCCGCCUUCGCAGGCG